AUGGUCUUGAAUGACUUCCUUGCAACCACAGGCCGCUUGGGCGUGGCUCUAGUGUUGUUGCUAGCGUAUCCCCUCUUCAAAGUCAUCUACAACCUCUACUUCCACCCUCUCGCCCCUAUCCCCGGCCCUCGCAGUUGGUCGGCCUCACACUUCCCCUUUGUAUGGGCCCUUCUCAAGGGGACCAUCGUGCACGACAUCGAAAAGGUUCACCGGAGAUAUGGACCCAUCUUACGAAUUGCGCCAGAUGAGGUCACCUUUUCCAAAGCGGAAGCCUGGGCGGAUAUCUUCCAAAUUCGUCCAGACCACCAGCAGUUUCUAAAGGACCCUAUCUGGUGGAAGAGGCGGCCAGACCAGCCAGACUCGUUGCUCACUGCCAUCGAUCCUGAGUUGCAUGCCCGCAUACUCAAACUCCUCACUCCGGCCUUCACACCACGCGCACUGAGGGCCCAGGAACCGAUAGUGCAAAGGUAUGUCAGUCUACUCAUUGUACGGCUGCACGAGCGGGUGAGCGAAGCCGAGGACGGCAAGGGAGUAGAAAUUGACAUUGCGCCAUGGUUCAACUACACCACCUUUGAUAUCUUCGGAGACCUGGGAUUUGGCGAGUCCUUCGACUGCCUCCAGCACUCGCGAUAUCACCCGUGGAUUGCGCUGCUUCUCAACAGCGUGAAAGCCGCUUCGUUUGUUGCCGCCGCACGGUUUUAUCCCCUGGGUGGAAUCCUUGUUCAUAAAGUGUGUGCCUCCGUCGCUCAAGAAGACACAGGUGGAUUAUUACCAGCAGAUUGUGGACAAGGUGCAGCGUCGCUCAACUGGGAGCUCGAGCGACCGGACAUCAUGUCCCAUGUAAUCAACAAAAAUGGCGAAAUCGGACUGCCAAUCGGUGAAAUUAAUGCAACCUUCAUGAUCCUGACGACUGCUGGAAGUGAAACCACGGCGGCCGUCCUGUGUGAUAAACUCGCUAUCCUCGAGAAAGAGACCCCAGUCUCUAUCCAAGCAUACUCUCUCAACCGCGAUCCAACAUACUUCCACUCUGCCUCAUCCUUCCUCCCCGAGUGCUGGCUCCCCGAAGCCAGCACGGAUCCCAACUCCCCUUCCUUCCACGACGAGCGCCGCGCUGUCCAGCCGUUCAGCGUCGGUCCACGGGCUUGCAUGGGGCAACACAUUGCGUGGGCGGAGAUGCGGCUGGUGCUCGCAAAGUUACUGUGGACAUUCGAUUUCGAGGCGAUCGAGGGGAAGAAGCUAAAGUGGGAGGAGCUGAGGACAUUCCUCCUGGUCGAGAAAAAGCCACUUGAAAUGUGGAUGAAGUUGAGGUCGAUAUGA